AUGUUUGAACUUGUUACUCGAGUCAGCGUGUCUAUUGGCAAACAGGGAAAAUGCGUUGCCAAAUGCGACUCUGGCCGGAGUUGCGGAGAUUGGGAAAGCGCCUCGAGAGUGCAGAGAGCAACGAAUGUUCGCCACAAUCAGUCGGUGAUCCACACUCGAGGCAGUGCCUCGGAGAUGUUGCGCGGGAAGAACACGAGAAUCUACGAGAAGAACGGCGGGAAGAACAUCCGGCACAGGAAUGUGUCCAGGCGAUCCGUGAAGUUCGCGAAGGACUUCGCCACCACGCUAAUCGAGGGCAGGUGGCGAUACACGCUGGUGAUCUUCGCAGUGAGCUUCGUGGGCUCCUGGGCGUUCUUCGCCCUGCUGUGGCAGCUGAUUGCGCAGGCGCACGGUGAUCUGGACUUCGACGAGACAGGACGGCGCCUGAACGAGGGCACGCCGACGUGCCUGCGAGGAGCGAGCGACUACGCGGGAUUCUUCCUGCUGAGCCUCGAGACGCAGGUGACGACGGGAUAUGGUGAGAAGUACCCGAACGAGGAGUGCCCAGAGGCGAUUUUCCUGCUGAUGCUGCAGAUGUUCAUCGGCGUGGUGAUCGAGGGUGCGAUGGUGGGCGUGGUGUAUGCCAAACUAACGCGUCCUCCUCGCCACGCUGGCGAUCUGGUCUUCACGCGGAACUGUGUGAUAUGCCUGCGCGACGGGGUGUUCUGCCUUCUGUUCAGGAUCUCCAAUGCUGCCCAGCAUCAGGAGAUUAAUUCGCGCGUUGAGGCGAUUCUGUGCGAAAAGAACGUCGACGGUGAGACUCUGAGUCACAAAUUGGAGUUGGAAAAUGACGGGAAUAUAACGCUCUUUCUGCCCUACGUCGUCUCCCACGCCAUCACUGAGGGGAGUCCUCUCUACGGAUACUCAGCCGCUGAUCUGUUGCAGGCGAACAUCGAGAUCCUCGUCACUCUCACUGGCAGCUCCAAGGCGACCGGCAUGACCACCCAAGCGAGGACUUCCUAUGUGCCCAGCGAGAUCCUCUGGGGAUACCGCUUCACCAACAUCAUCCACUACGACCAUCAGUUGCAAUCGUACGUGAUCGAUGGCGAGGAGUUCAAUGUCGUGAAGCGCGUGAACACUCCGUUCUGCAGUGCCAAGCGCCUCUCAAAGGCCAACGAGAUGCAGCAGAAGGAUUUGAGGGCGAGGAGACGAGCCCAGGACACUGGGAAAUCGUGCUGCAGCAAGUACAGCCUGCAGAUGGACAUGCAAGUGGCGGAAAUCGCCGUGGAUGACUUCAAGAAAAGCUAUGGAGCUGCUGGCCAAUUUGAAACUCAAUCCUGGGCCGGAGUAAUCGACGGUGAUCUGAAGGAUCUGUAAAUGCUCGCAAUAAAGAAGUGUUUAAUA